GGCACACAGCAGCCUGGCCAGGGACAGAGCUGGCGCGCCCGGCACGCGUGCGGUGACACGCAGCCCCUGCGUGACGGGAGACGGAGCCCACCACCCCUCCGGGGGUCUCUUCCCCCAAACCCACCGUGUUGGUCUCACCACGAGAAAGCAUUAGAGAAUACAAGUUUCUAUAAAAUCCAUGACCAGAAUCCAAUCUUGACAAUUUCUCAGUCUUUUAUUUUGUGGAAAAUUUCUCUGUCUUUUUUUCUCUUUUUUGGCCAGCUUUUCAAUCAUUCUAUUAAAAUAAUCACCUCCAGUUGUCAGAGUUCAGAGGAUGCGGUGAGGAGACCUGGAGCGUGAUAUCCUGGGACAGAAGGAGGACGUUGGGGGAAAACUAAGUCUAAAUCAAGUCUUUCAUUCAGUUCGUUGUGUGGUGUCACCGUUAAUUUCCCAGAGCUACAGACAGCUUAGUAAGCACAUCGAUGUGAGCUGCGUCAGCAGAAGGGGAGCAGGUGACAGGCCCGUGGACGCUUGCUGUGGCAUCUCUUCAGCUCUUCUGUAAAUCUAAAAUUAUUUCAAGAUACAAAGCAAAACAAAUAAUACUUCCGAGCCUCUAUUUCGAUGAUCUAUAUUUGCAGCAUUAAUGAGCUAGAAGGAAAACAACACGAAAAAGUCCAGCCAGUUAAGCGUCGGGGACACUCUUGGGGACUUCUGGAGUGUGGUGGAGAAUGGAGCGUGACUGAAGGCCGAGCCCCCUCAAAGCUGAGUUGCUUUGGACCCGAGGCCCUGAAGCCGCCAGUACGCCGGCCGCACCUCUCCAGGCCACAGCCUCUGUCCCAGCUGGGCUCCAUCUGUGGGCUCAGGGGUCAUCCAGGCCAGGCCCGUCCGGGUUCACUGGGGCCUUACCUUAUAGUACAUGUGGCCACCAUGGCCGAGGGAACCCACGCCUGGGAGGGCGGAUUUCCAGGCUGGAAGCCUCCGGCGAUGACGACCAUGUGGCAGGUCCCCUUCUGUGUGGCUGCCUUUCCCUGUGAUGGCUCUGGCCAUGCCACGGACAAACACCUCUGGGUCUCGGCUGCCACCGCAGGCUCCUGCGGCACCGCCCACCUGGAGGCACCACCCCAGAGACACGAGCCUCGUUCUUCUGAAGAGCCGUAGCCUACGCCUUUGUUUUAUUCCAGAGGGUCAUUACAGGGAACCAAAUCUGUACUGGGGCAAAGUCUGCUUUGGGGCCCAAUGUCCCCCCAGUUUGUCGGAUAGCUGUGCUUCCGUGCUUCCGUGUCACUGCCUCUUCCACCCUCAAAUCUCAGCCGAGGAGGCCCAGGAGGACACUCGGAACAUGCAGAGGGGGAGACGGGGACGAGGAGUCACCAACAAACCAAAGAAACCCCGACCUGGAGGCGACCGUUCUAAACACCAGGUGGGGAGUCACUGGGGUGGGGUUUUGGGGUUUCCUUCACAAGCAGCCUUCGAAAUCAGAAGAGAUUCCUUUUCUGCUUAUACCAGGGGAACUAAGAAUCAGCCCACAGGCAGUGGAUUGGCCGAAGUGACCUUUCAGGAUGCUGGCCCUGUGCCCCUAACGUCUCCCAAAAUGCUGAUGAAGCCGAGCCACUUGCCGUGAUGUGUUGAAAAUGGUGCAAGACCCCACACAAUCAUCCCUGAACCUAUAAUGCUGAUGCUCUAAUGUAAAAGGAGUAUUUUCCCGCUUGAGAUAAAAUGCCAUCAGAUGCCAUCUGUGCUGCCUGUAAUUUUAGCCAUAAAUCCUCGUUGUAUUUAUCGGAGAUUUGUUUUUCAAGAUGGCUAAUUUUAGUCUCCAAUUCAACCGCACACUAAUUUUCCUGUUUCUUUCUUGCUGAGAAAUCUGAUAUAACAGCUCCUCAUAGAAAGGGCUUGGCAGGUUCCCAAAGCCCAGCAGCCUCAUUUACUUAGAGAGAGGUUAUUUUUUCUUUCUUCCUCUCUCCCCUCUCCCUCCUUGUUUUGGCAGCGCGGUUAGAAUUCAGAAGAGUUGAAAUAAAAAC